AGAGAGAAGGAAGGAAAGAAAACAAGGGAGAAGGAACAAAAAAGGAAGGAGGAGGAAGGUUCAGAGAGUGAAAGAUAUUCCGAGAUCGCACCACAUCAGCUGAUAGUUCUAUGUUUUUGUGCCAGUUAUUACCGAAUUGUCUUUCAGGGUUUCUUCCGAAGGAGUCAAUCAUCAGUCACGAAUUACCAGUGUCCGAGGCAGAAGAACUGUACAGUGGAUAGGGUGAACCGUAAUCGCUGUCAAUAUUGCCGGCUAAAAAAGUGCAUGGAACUUGGUAUGAGUCGUGACGCCGUGAAAUUUGGCCGGAUGAGCAAAAAACAGCGAGAGAAGGUCGAGGAUGAGGUCCGAUUACACAAACAAAUGCAAGAAGCCACGGGUGUGCCGUAUAUGUAUGGCGAGUACUCACCACCAUCGCAACCAUCCAGCUAUGUGACUCCUGGUUACGAAACUGGCCUCUAUCCUCACUAUGCUCAAGGAGCGUAUGCUCAUGCUGUGGCCGCCGCUCCCAUCAGUUAUCCAUCGCAUUCCUAUGGUGUCGCACAACAAGGCACGGUUCCCGCUAGUAAUGGCGGCUUUCCAUCACCGCAACUCUCAUCUGCUGCAGAAGAGGAUACAGCGGCUAAGAUUGUGGCAGCAUUUGAGACCACACAUACUCAAAUGCGAAACAUGAAUCCGAAUCCGACCAUUGUUGACGACUUCCAAAAUCGAAUCGGCAUUUGGCGGCAGUUCGCUGUUGACCUGACCACUGUCAUACAAGCGAUCAUCGAGUUUGCGAAAAUGAUCGAUGGUUUCAUGCGACUCGGGCAGGAAGAACAGAUCCAUCUUCUAAAAGGAGGUGUCUUCGAGCUGGCGAUUGUGGAAUUGUCAUCUCGUUACUCGCCAGAAACUCAGACGCUCUCCAUGGACAACAUAGUCCUGCCAUUGCAUAAUCUCAAUAUCACAGAUCAAAUAGAGGUGCGUUUCGUGCAAGAAUUCCACCAAUGCUUGCAUGAUCUGGCAGUCUGCCAAAUGACGUCAUCAGAAGUUGCUCUGCUUUGUGCAGUUCUUCUGCUUGAACCAGCAUCCACUGAACAAGCAACAUGUGAACGUCUUCGAGGCGUACUCGCCCAAUCAUUAGCCGCUCGUGUUGGCAGUGACGCUCAGAGGGUUUGGGAUACCCUACCAAGGCUGAAACAGACCGCUCACCUUCACUUGAUUCUGCUCGGACAACUACGAGCACAGUUCCCGGUCGAAACCGAAGCCGGUUUACCGGCUCUCUAUAAAGAGUUGUUCUCUAUUGAUCCCUAA